AUGGGCUUCUUUGGCCCUCAUUCUGGAUUUGGAGCCAAGAAAGGACCGCUGCUAGGACCGCUCGGACCGCUCGGUUUCACGGGCGCACGUAGCUGCAGCACCACGAAGCCACUCUGCUUUGAGGACGCGGUGGACGACGACGCGAACGCAUACUCCGUAUUAGGACAGAGACUCGUGUCGAUACCGGGCGAUGCUGCCGGCGGCGAUGCACAGCGGAUGGACACAGCAGCGAUUCCAACUCGGUCAGGACUGCAACCGGUGGGCAGCUGGGACGUGAACACCAGCGACAGGCACGGCAAUAAACGUGCUGACAAUCCGCUGCCGUCACUGUGGCGUGUCCUGAAGGCCCCGGCGUGCGUCGCGUCGUCGUUUGGCGUCCAGGCCAGGGCGAUGGAGGACACGUUCAACUUGCCAGUGUUGGAGUUGGAGGCUUGCGACAGACUGUUGAUUCCAAAGCGUCCCCACCAAGCGCCGCCGCCUACCCGCCCAAUCGUCAGCGCAUCUGUAUUGGCGUAG